CGGACAGAAGUGGGUUGUUUUUAUUUGGCUAUUCAGAAGUGUCACAAGUAUUAACGGCGGAAUUACAGCACAUCGAGAAACAUUCACUGGGAAACCGAUGAGCAUACAGUACUGUUGGACUAAUUUUCUUCUCAUCUACAGCUAUAUGAGCUCGAUGUUGAACCAGUUCCCAUACUUUCUGCUAGCAGCCUGCUUCCUGGCUAGCCGUACCGUAGCUAAGAAAAAUAUGAAUGGUUGAAUGACAACAGGGCUGUUGGCCUGUCUGAAUUUUGUAACGUCAUCUUCUAAAACUAAUUAAUGAAGUCUGUUUUAACAAUACAGAGUUGACAGGGAAAAAAACACUUGGGCAAUCCUGACAACACAUCACGGAGGUUUGGCCUAGCAUUUCAUUAGCCUUUUUUGUUGUUGACUCCCCCCGUCAACCAUGGCCAGUGCCACUUUUGGACGAAAACUUGGUGGUCCCGUUUUUAUUAAGACUUAUAGUAGAAAUGAAGGGGUUCGCAAGGUACAGCCAAAACCCUGGCUCUCCCCUGACAAUAACAAACGGAUCUUCAGCAACAGUAGUGCUAGUGACGGAUCCAUGACAGAGACUAAUCCGGACCCCGUUCCCCUAAAGAAAGGGGGGAAAAAAGUUGUUGCCAAGCCACCCAGGAAAGCCAAGAAGACUGUGUUGUUGAGCUUGACAGAGGGUGGAAGCGAUGAAGAAAACGUACAGCCCUCAGAUUCUGCACCUAAAUCUACAUCCAGGAAAAAGAAAGUUGUUGCCAAGCCACCCAGGAAAGCCAAGAAGACUGUGUUGUUGAGCGGAACAGAGGGUGGCACCGAUGAAGAAAAUGUACAGCCCUCAGAUUUUGCACCUAAAUCUACAUCCAAUAGGAAAAAGAAAGUUGUUGCCAAGCCACCCAGGAAAGCCAAGAAGAUUGUGUUGUUGAGCUGGACAGAGGGUGGCAGCGAUGAAGAAAACGCACAGCCCUCAGAUUCUGCACCUAAAUCUACAACAAAUAGGUCAGAGAAUGCAGGCCCUCCUGAGAAGGCCAAGUUUGUCACUGCUCGCCGGAGACCUCAGCCGUCCAAGCCCAGAGCCUCAGUCGCAAAGCCACAGGUCCUCCGGCCCUUUUCCACCCUCAACUCCUCCGACGACUUUGCCACACCCAAGCUGCCCCGCACGGUCAACCUCCGCCGAAGACAGAGACAAAGGCAAGCCCUGCAGAGGGGCACAAAAAAGGAGGAGCAGGAGAAACCGAGAAAAGAAGAAGAAGAGGAGGAGGAGGUGAUGGUGUUGGAGGAGGAAGAGGAGCAGGUGGUGGUGGUGAGGCCAGCGGUGGCGGCUUUAGCGUCUCUGAACGCCAGCGCGGCAGAGGCUGAGGAGGAGGAGGUGCUGUCGUUGGCUGGCCGCGUUCCCAUCUUCUCCAGCACGCCGUCCGUCCUGCCCCCCGCGCGCCGACGACCCCCCACCCGCCUCUGCGACUCCUCCAUCUCCGUCAGCGCCAUCUUCAGCAAUGAGGACAGCACCUCCGUCUUUGCGUCUGAUGCAGAGAGCCGGCGGCGCCGGGCGACCAAGCGGACGCUGCCUCCACCACACCCGAAAGGUCAAGGCCAGCCUCGCAAGCGCAUCAGGCAUGCCGCGUCCUCCAAGAGUGGCCCUGAGAGGGGAGAGAGGGUCACAAGCAGUGCAGGACGGUCGCCGCCACACCUCACACCUCACACAGCUAAGGACGGUGAGCCCUACAUCGCCAACUCACCACCACAUUUGGCCAUGGAGGCUGCUGUCAGACAGCCGCCACCACAACCCACAGCCAAAAGUAAGCACUCGCACUUGGAUAUCAUGAAUGGCAAUGCGGCAGGACAGCCGCCGCAGCCCAAAGCCACACAGCCACACCCGGACAUUGUCAUGGAUACCGCUGCUGCUGCUGGGCGGCCAUUCCACUCCAGAGCAGAGGAGAAAUCCUCAGUUUCACCUUCGCGGCCACUCACAGAGGUCAGCACGGAUUCUGCCGAAAUACCACUGCCGAUGCAUCCUCCUGAUGCAGAGGGCUCUUCUCUCCCGUCCUCCCCCACACAACCGCACACAGCGGUCCUGUCAGACUCUAGCGAGCUGAUCCCGCUCCCCAAAGCCCAGCUCAUGUCCUCUUCUACCCACUCCCCCUCCCCGCAGCACUCCUCACAGUCCCCGUCGCAUGUCUUGUCAGACGCCAGUGAGAUCAUCCCACCUCUCAAAGUCCAGAAGAAGUCUUCCUCCCUUGUUUCUCCGCCCUCCUCACAUCCACACACGGUGGUCCUGUUUGACACUAGCCAGCUGCCUCCGUUACCCAAAAGCCAGGAGAAAAAAUGCGACACCUCCUACCUGCACUCUCCUCCACCCCCCUCCCCCUCCCAGUCCCACUCGGUGGAGGUCUUGUCGGACAGCAGUGAGCUGUUCCCUCUCCGCAGGGCAUGCCGGCGUCUGGAAGAUACUACAUCGUCUUCCUACUCUCAGUCCCAGCAGUGUCUGGAGCUCAGCAGCGAGAUCCCUCAGUCCACCACCAGGGGCACUGAUGUCGUUGCUAGCGUCAGCAGCAUCAAUGCCAAUGCCAGCAGUGGCCGACGCAGUACCAUAAAUGUCAACCGUGACCGUGGCCAUGUAGUCCAGCAGCACCGGAGAGUCACAAAGUCUCGCAGCAGUGAACUGCCUCCUCUUCCUCCUCCUCUUCCUCAUCAGGGCCCAGCAGAGCAGCUGGCGGUGGAGAAGCGCGUACAUCAACAUUCCGUGCUGUCGUCACCGCCAACCAUAACCGUGGCGAGCCAGAACCAGAGGCGCGUUACCCGGAGACGGACCCAAACCCAGGUCCCGGUCCAGGUCCAGGUCCAGGCCCACAUUCCACUGCACGAGUCCCCCAAGAAAAUGAAGGAGGGUGUGAUCCAAGACCAGAACCGGAGGCGGACCCGGUUGCGAACUGAAACCCAAACCCAAGGAGCGUCACCCAGCCACAGUAAGCAGCCGCCCCAGGCCCAAAUCAGUCCACUGCAGGACUCCCCCGUUGGAGUGCAGGUCGUGAAGCACAACCAGCGACGGACGACCCGGAGACUGACCCAAACCCAAACCCGGGCAGUGUCAUCCAGCCCCAGUAAGCAGCCGCCCCGGCCCAGUCCAUUGCAGAAGUUCCCCAUGGGAGUGGAGGGGGAGACGGGGCAGGCCAACACCACCACGGAAGAGCCCAGUGAGCUGGAGGGGGAGACGGGCCAUGCUACUACCACAGCAGAGCCCAGUGAGCUGGAGCUCUAUCAGGGCAGCUUGGAGCUCUUCACCUCAGUGGAGGAGGGAGGUAUGCAUGACGACCAUGCCGGGGACACUGAUGUCUCCCAGGCGACCGGUGGCUUCACGACCGCCAAGACGUCACUGGACUCUCUGGACGAGGCUACCUCACUGGCUACCUCACUGACUACUUCACUGGCUACUUCACUGGCUACCUCUGUGAAUCCUGCUCUGGACAACACAGAGGAGGAGAUGGAGGAGCAUACAGAAGAAGAAGAUGGAAGAGUAAUGAGACAGACGGUGGAGCAGUUGAAGGCUGAGUGUCUCUUGCGCCAACCUGUGGUUCAGCUGAACGACACAGGGGACAUUGUGAAGGCACCGACGGAGCUUACAGAAGGAGGAGAACUGGUGGAGGUAGAAGAACGGACAGAAGGUGCGGAGGAUGGAAGAGGAGCGGUAAGAUGUCUGGCGGAGGAGGUCGAACAUGCAGAAGAAGAACUGAUGGAGGUCGAACCUACAGAUGGAGGAGGAGGAGGAGUGUCGAGAUGUCAUGCGGAGGAGGUCGAGCAUGCUAAUGAAGAAGGGAUGGAGGUCGAACCUUCAGAAGGAGGAGGAGAAGAUGGAGGAGGAGCGUUGAGAUGUGUGGUAGAGGAGUUGAAGGCCGAAUGUGUCUCUCGACAGCCUGUGGUUCAGGUGGAUCCACUGCAGCUGUCUGCAUACCCUGGCCUGCUCAGACGCAGCAGCAGCAGCAGCAGACGGGGUGCCGGUGUCCGUGUUGCAUGCCUGUCUUCCCCAGAGAUUGGUGGUAGCAGCACGUUGGCCCAGGAGCAAGAAGACCAGAACUCAAGUCAAGAGGAGAUAGAAGACCACAGCUCCAUCCAAGAGGAGAAAGAAGACCAGAGCUCUAGUCAAGAGGAGAUAGAAGACCACAGCUCCAUCCAAGAGGAGAAAGAAGACCAGAGCUCUAGUCAAGAGGAGAUAGAAGACCACAGCUCCAUCCAAGAGAAGAAAGAAGACCAGAGCUCCUGUGAAGAGAAGAAAGAAGACCAGAGCUCCUGUGAAGAGAAGAAAGAAGACCACAGCUCCAUCCAAGAGGAGAAAGAAGACCAGAGCUCAAGUCAAGCAGAGCCAGAGAGGAGCCUGGUCUCUCACAGCAGCACCACGGCAGCAGCAGCAGCAGCAGCAGCAGCAGCAGGAGGAGGAGGAGGAGAAGGUGAUGAUGAUGAUGAUGGACAGGGAGCAGUGGAGGUGGAGGAAGAGGAAGAGGAGGAAGGAGGAGAAAAUGGUGGUGGAGCAGUGAGACGUAUAGUGGAGGAGUUUAAGGCCGAGUGUGUCUCUCGUCAGCCUGUGGUGCAGCUGGACCCACUGCGCGUGACCCCUGCACUGCUCAGACGCAGCGGGUUGUCCAGACACCAGACGGCUGCUCCAAGUACAGAGACUAGGGAGGCAGAGCCUGUGGACUCCAGCUCUGAUGACCAAGCACCCCCCACCCUCAACACAAGCUCUUCCUCCUCCUGCUCCCCCUCUUCCGACGCUCCCCCAGCCGUCCACCCAAAGUCCUCAUCAUCUUCGUCUUACUCUGAGGUGCCCCCAGUUACCGCACACUCCUCCUCUUCCUCCUCCUCUUUUUCGGGAGGUCAGGUAGGCCAGCCAGAGCCCCAGGAGGAGCAGUCCCGUGCCAAGCAGCCCAAGCGGUGCCCCAAGACGAAGAAGGGCGCAGUGGGCACUCGCUCGAAGAUGAACUCCAAAAACGGCUCCACCUCCUGCAUAUCCUCCUCCUCUUCCUCCUCAUCUUCCUCCAUCUCCACCUCUCCCAAGGAUUCCACACUACUCCUGGCGGGCCAGCAGAGCCAGGCGGCCCGGGUGGGCACGGGGCGCAAGGCUGGCGUCACCGGCACCAGCGCCAACCGCUGGGGCAGGAGCAGGACGGGCCAGCGCAGGCAGAACCAGAGCCAGGACCAAACCCUGGACCUGGACCUCAAAGCUGCGGCGCGCUCACGCUACGCAAACGACUCCCUGGACUUCAGCAGAGCUGCCAAGGAGUUUGCCAGCCCGGGGCUUGUGGAUGGGCUGAACAUCUCGUCCGUGCUGAACUGUUUCUCCCCAGACACGUCCCUCAGCACACACAUGUGGAGCAGGCUCAAAGCUGCCCUCUCCGUACACAAGAAGAGAAAUGCAUCCAUGACUCCCCAUCGUCUGGGCCUGUCCUGCCUGAAUACUCCCUCUCUGCGGGGGAUGAACAUCAGCAUCAGUCAGGACAUCUGCUCCUCCCCAGCACUGGCUCUACUGCCACGAUUGGUCCUCAGCCCAGGAGGAAACUCUUCUUCGUUUGCGUGCGAGGAGGAGAUUAGCGAUGCGGAGAAGGUGUAUCAGGAGUGUGAGCAGGAGGGCCCGCUGUCCUUCGCCCACUGCAUCCCGCCCGCACGCAUGAAGAAAUGCCGUAAGAUCGGAGAGGGCACCUUCGGCGAGGUUUUCUCCUCCACUGACGCACAGGGAGAGCCACUCGCGCUCAAGAUCAUUCCACUAGAGGGCGAUCAGAAGGUGAAUGGAGAGGAUCAGAAGACCUUUGGAGAGAUCCUUCAUGAGAUCAUCAUCAGCAAGGAACUGAGCAUAUUGGAUGAGAAGGACCAGAACAGAACAGACGGCUUCAUCGGCCUGAAAAACAUUCAUUGUGUGCAGGGCUCUUACCCUAAGCAGUUACUCAGUGCCUGGGACAAGUUUGACCGAGAGCGGGGCUCCGACAACGAUCGACCCGAUUUCUUCGGCGAGGAACAGUUCUUCCUCAUCCUGGAGUUUGAAUUUGGUGGCUGCGAUCUUGAAACCAUGAGUGGCAAGCUGGCGUCUCUGGUUCAGGCAAAGAGCAUCCUACAGCAGGUGACGGCAGCACUGGCGGUGGCUGAGCAGGCCUUGUGUUUUGAGCACAGGGAUCUGCACUGGGGUAACAUCCUGGUGAAGAGCACCAAGAGCCCUGAGUGCUGUUACACGCUGCAGGGCCAGAGCCACUGCAUGGACGCCCACGGGGUUCAAGUCAACAUCAUCGACUACUCCCUCUCACGCCUCGAGAUCGACGGGCUGACGGUGUCUUGUGACAUCUCGACUGACGAGGAGCUGUUCAUGGGCCAGGGCGACUACCAGUUCGACAUCUACCGCAAGAUGCGAGAGGAGAACGAGAAUGAGUGGAGUGAGUACCACCCCCACUCCAACGUGUUGUGGCUGCACUACCUGACAGACAAGCUGCUGGGGAUGAAGUAUAAAGCCGAUGCCCGGAGUGCCCAGGCGAGGGCGCUCAAGGGCAGCCUGCAGCGCUUCUUCGCGGAGGUGCUCUCCUUCAAGUCCGCUCGAGAGGUGCUGCAGCAGAGUGCUCUGUUCCAGUCAUAGUAGACAUAAUAGAAUAUGUAAAUAUUUAUUUUAUAAAUAUGUCUAUAGUUUUGCUGUUUUGUUUAGAACACUGCAUAGUGAAGGAUCCACUCGUCUUUGUUAACAAACUGUUUUUACACACUCUGUAAUUGUAGGGUUUUUAAAAUUGCUUUAAUAUAUAUAUCUUGUCUGAACAUGCUCAUACUAUUAAAGCCGUUUGUAUCAUGAUUUUGAUUUGGUACACUGUGUUGACAGGUUACAACAUGUAAACAAAUUACAUGCUACAGAAAAAUAACCUGUGUCUGUGAUCAUAACUAGCUGAUUUUUCAUUGUUUUGAAUUCAAAACAUGCAAUUACUGAAAGUAACCCAUAGAAUCUAAUAAAUUUGUGUUAAAUCAA